AUGGCUUCCUGGUCCUUGCAACUUGACGAGGACACCACCGGCCCCUCGUCAUUGUUGUUCCUUUCUGCUUUCAGCCUGACUCUCUCCUGGAAGAGAAGCGUGGGCAUCUUUUUCCUGCCAUUUAUCUUAUCAGGAUUUGCGCCUCAGUUUAGACAUAAAGAGAAUUUUAUGUCUGGAAAAGUGCAUCAGCAGCAGCCCAGGUUCAAUCUAUCUCAUCUGACCCCUCUCCCGCGGAACAAUCGAUCUGUGGGACUUCAAACUAAAAGCACAGGUGAGGGUGGACCACACUUCACCCUGGACGGUCACAAGUUCCAGAUCUUCGGGGGCUCCAUUCACUAUUUCCGGGUGCCCAGGGAGUACUGGAGGGACCGCUUGCUGAAGCUGAAGGCCUGUGGCUUCAACACCCUCACCACCUACAUUCCCUGGAACCUCCAUGAGUCAGAAAGAGGCAAAUUUGACUUCUCUGGGAACCUGGACCUGGAGGCCUUUGUCCUGAUGGCUGCAGAGGUCGGUCUGUGGGUGAUCCUGCGUCCAGGCCCCUACAUCUGCGCUGAGAUCGACCUCGGGGGCUUGCCCAGCUGGCUACUGCAAGACCCCGUGUCACAGCUGAGAACAACCGACCAGCACUUCAUUGAAGCAGUCGAUAAGUAUUUUGAUCAUCUGAUUCCCAAAAUGCUUCCUCUCCAGUACAGCUGGGGAGGCCCCGUCAUUGCAGUGCAGGUGGAGAACGAGUACGGCUCAUUCAACAAGGAUGAGCACUACAUGCCUCACCUCCACCAGACCCUGCUGGAAAGAGGGAUUACGGAGAUGCUCUUGACUUCUGAUAGUGAGAAAGAUGUGCUAAAAGGCCACGUCAAAGGAGCGUUGGCCACUGUCAAUUUGAGAAAUCUUCACAAUGAUGCUUUUAGACAGCUUUAUUCAGUGCAGGAGAAUAAGCCCAUUUUGGUAAUGGAAUACUGGGUUGGUUGGUUCGACACCUGGGGAAAUGCACACCACACUAAGAGUGUGAGAGAGGUUGAAAAUACUGUUUCUGAAUUCAUCAAAUAUGGGAUCUCCUUCAACGUAUACAUGUUCCACGGUGGAACCAACUUUGGUUUCAUGAACGGGGCCUUAAAUUUUGGGGUGCACCUACCUGUUGUCACUAGCUACGACUACGAUGCGGUGCUGACAGAGGCCGGAGAUUACACAGAAAAGUAUUUCAGGCUUCAAAAACUCUUUGAGCGUGUCUCAGCAAACCCCAUGCCCCCCCUCCCCGCCCUUACUCCCAAGGCUGUAUACCCUUCCGUGAGGCUGUCUCUCUACUUGCCACUGUGGGAUGUCCUGCAGUACUUAAACGAGCCAGUCAGAUCUAACAUCCCAGUCAGUAUGGAGAAUCUUCCUAUCAACAGUGGAAGUGGUCAGUCCUACGGGUUCAUCCUUUACGAGUCCACCAUCUGCUCCGGAGGCCGUCUCCACAUUCAUGUGGAAGACGUGGCACAGGUGUUUUUGAAUGAGACACUUAUAGGAGAUCUGGACGGGAAUAUCCGGCACCUGAACUUGCCUAAAUUCAGCGACUGUCAACUUCUGAGGAUCCUGGUGGAGAAUCAAGGACGAGUCAAUUUUUCAUGGAAAAUGCAAAGUCAGCAGAAAGGAAUAACUGGACAUGUGGGCAUCGAUAAUGUUUUCCUGGACAGUUUCACCAUCUAUUCUCUGGAGAUGAAAAUGAGCUUCUUUGAGAGGCUCCGCUCUGCCACCUGGAGGCCUGUCCCAGGGAGCUAUCAGGGCCCUGCCUUCUACCGCGGUGUCCUGAGGGCUGGCUCUUCUCCCAAGGACACCUUCCUGAACCUGCCGAGCUGGACUUCUGGAUUUGGGUUCAUCAAUGGACGUAACCUUGGGCGAUAUUGGAAUAUUAGACCUCAGAAAACACUUUACCUUCCUGGUGCCUGGCUUCAUCCAGAAGACAAUGAGAUCAUCCUGUUUGAGAAGGUGUUGGGUGGUUCACUCAUCGAAUCUACAGACAAGCCCUGGCUGUAA